AUGGAUCUACUGGUCUCUUUGCGUUUCAGAAUGGAUAAAUCCUGGAUGAGUACUGAUAGAACGAAGAAACGUUAUAGAGAAGGAGUUGCGGCGUUUCUGCGGUAUGCUGUCAACCAUCUCAAGGAGGAGGGUGAGACAUAUGAUGAAUUUCUUAUGUUGUGUCCGUGUACAAAUUGUUUAAAUCUCUGUGCAUGCUCCGUUGGCGACGUAGAAGAUCAUUUAUUCGUAAAUGGAAUCGAUCAAACGUAUACUAUUUGGAAUAAGCAUGGGGAAAAGGAUGAGGCAAUAACUAGUAGUAAGCCAGUUAACGUCAACAAUGCUGCAGAAGAGUUCGCAGAUGACCCUAUAAAGUUUAAAAAGUUACUUGAAAAUGCUGAAAAGCCCUUAUACGAAGGAUGUCCCAACUUCACAAAGUUGUCUGCAAUUGUGCAGUUGUUUAAGUUGAAGAGUAAGCACGGUGCAUCAGACAUGUUUUUUAAUGAAUUGUUACCCUUGUUAAAGGACAUGCUUCCCAAAGAAGGUAAUUUAAUGGCGAGGAGUACAUAUCAGGCAAAAAAAAUAUUGAAAUCAAUGGGUUCAGGAUGGAAAGUUGACAGGGAUGGUAAAGUUUACGAGAAUGUUCCAGCAAAGGUAUUGUGGUACUUCGACAUCAUCCCAAGAUUUCAGCGGCUGUUUCAAUCGAAGCACACAGCAAAAGAUUUGAUAUGGCACGAUACCACUAGAAACAAAGACGGUGUUUUACGUCAUCCGGCAGACUCACAUGCUUGGAGAGAGAUAGAUAACAAUUUCCCAGAAAUUAAAGGUGAUCCAAGAAAUCUGCGGUUAGCUGUUUCGGCUGAUGGAGUUGAUGUAAACACAGGCACCAAACAUCACAGUGGAAAGAGAACAUGGGAUGCAUAUGCCCAAGAAAUGUUUACUCUACGUGCAGUUGUUUUGUGGACGAUAAACGAUUAUCCUGCUCUUGGUACACUAUGUGGUUGUCGCUACGCUGGAUAUCAUGGUUGUGUGGUGUGUCGUAAAAAAACGCACAGUAUUAGGCUUCAUGACUCAAACAAGAAUGUUUAUGUUGGUUAUAGAAGAUUUUUACCCUAUGAGCAUCCGUUCAGAAGGCAGAAGGGGGCAUUUGGCGGAAAACAAGAGUGGGAGACUGCUCCAGAACCAAUGACCGGGGAAGAAAUAUAUGAGGAGAAUGUGGGACAAAGUCUUGUUGGAACGUUGCUGCACAACGGGAAUACAAAAGAUGGAUUAAACGCCAGAAAGGAUUUGGUGCGUUUGGGGUUAAAAUCGGAGUUACACCCUAAGACAGAUGACAAAGGAACGAUACUUCCCGCAGCAUGUUAUACAUUAACUACGGAAGAAAAAGACAUAUUCUUGGAGACACUAUCCGAGUUAAGAGUUCCAGAAGGAUCAAUAUCUGCCAAAGAAAUCAUGGUGGAAGAGCUAGAUAAAUUGCAAGAGGAUCUCUGUGUGACGUUAUGCUUACUAGAGAAGGAAGUGAAGUUAUGCGGUCCGGUUUGCUUUCGAUGGAUGUAUCCUUUCGAAAGGUGUAUGAAGGUUAUAAAGGGGCAUGUGCGAAACAAGAAUCAACCUUGUGGAUGCAUUGCCGAAGAGAAUGUUGCAGAAGAGACGAUUGAGAUAUAUUGUGAGUACCAUAAAAGCAUCAGGACAAUUGGUAUUCCACUAGAUAGGCAUAAUACAUCUCAGGAGGGAGAACCGUUAUCAGCUGAAGAGCCGUGUAUAGUUACCCCUGAACAGUUGAGACAAGCACAUUUCUAUGUAAUGCAGAACACGCCUGAAAUUGAGCCUUACAUAGACCGACACAAGCUAUAUUUGGAAACUAACUAUUCUACUAAAAAGCGAGCAUGGCUAGAGAAAGAGCACUCUAACACUUUUGGCGCUUGGUUAAAAAAUGAGGUUGAAAAAGAGUUGGCAGACGACAGAGAAAGUAUCUCAGAGAACUUAAGAUGGAUAUCACACGGCCCGCACUACGAGGUAACGAAAUACACUGUAUAUCGCAUCAAUGGAUAUCUAUUCCGCACAAGAUCCCGUGAUGGUAGAAUUCACCAGAAUAGUGGGGUUAGCGUUGCAGCAAAUGACAUGCACAUAUCUAGAGAUGAUGAUGUUACAUAUGGUAAAGCCUCUUAUUAUGGUGUCUUGCAAGAGAUAUGGGAGUUAGAUUACUGUGAAAGAAAAGUUCAUCUGUUCAAGUGCAAUUGGGUUGAUAAUAAACGUGGGGUCAAAAGAGAUGCUCUUGGCUACAAGAUUGUUGACCUUACUAUGUUGGGAUACAAAAAUGAUCCUUUUAUUUUAGCCUCACAAGCUAAGCAGGUAUUUUAUGUCAAAGACCAGUUAGAUAAGAAAAAGUCUAUUGUUUUUGUGACACCUCCCAAAAAUUAUAGAGAUGACGAUGGCAACGAUGAGGAAUUCAGUACAGUAAUCUUUUCUGCGAAUGAUAAUAUCUUGCCGUCUGUAGAUCCACAAGACUUGGGUAAAGAAUCCCGAAAUGAUUACUUCCGAACUGACUGCCGAGGUUUACUUAUACGCAAGCCAAAAUGA